AUGAAAGCAAAAUCAUAUCAUGCAUGUGAGAGAUCAAAUGCCUAAGAUAAUUUGAGCUUCUAAGAAAGUGCUGCCUUUCCUCUUCAAUUAUUGAUUGAGUAGUUCUUCACAGAGACAACGGGAUAUUUAACUCUAAUCAUUGGACGAAGCCAUGGCAGAUAUUAUUGCUAUGUUUAGCAGAUGGGCGAAGUCAGGGUUGUCGACUCUUUUAGAUGGAUCUUCAUCUUCAUCAGUGGAACCUACACGAGGCAAUGCUUUAGAUGACUUCCAGAGGAUAAUGAGAAUGUUGCCGAGGAUCGAAGCAGUGCUUGAAGAUACAGAGGAAAGGGAGAUACAAGAUAGAUCUGUGAAGUUAUGGCUUUCAGAGCUCAGGUGCUUGGCUUAUGACAUUGAUGAUGUAAUCGAUGAGUAUGAGUAUGAUGUGCAGACAGCCCAGAUGGAAGCCAGAGCUGCAGAAGAGUCCUACCACCAUGGCAAGCACAAGCGAGGCGAUGAUGAACGUUAUGGUCAGAGUGAGCAUGUGGAAGGUCUUAAUACAUUAGCAUCCUCAUCUUAUCAAGUUCCAGCAAUUUCUGAUGGCAUGGUUGAGAAGCUAAGGGAGAUUCGGGAAAGAUUCGAUGAGAUUGAAAGGGAUCGAAAGGGACUCCGUUUAAGAGAGGACGAUGGCAUGAGGCGAACUGUUAGCGCACAAAAUUAUCGGCUUACCAGCUCUCUCGUCGAUGAAUCAAAUAUAAUCGGGAGAGAGAGUGAGAAAGAGAAGAUAGUGAAGUUAUUGCUCUCAGACUUACAAGUGAGCAAUAAAAUUGUAGUCAUCCCAGUAGUUGGCAUGGGGGGUGUAGGGAAGACAACGCUGGCCCAACUCAUUUAUAAUGAUCCUAGAAUUCGUCAGUACUUUGAUCUCCAUAUAUGGAUCUAUGUUUCUGAGGAUUUUGAUCUUGUGAAAUUAACCAAAGAGAUAUAUAGAUCCAUAACUAAAAAAUUAUGUGAGGAGCAUGUUGGAUUUGAUUAUCUUCAAGAUUCCAUUAAAAAAGAGUUGAUGAAAUUUAAAAGAACGUUUUUGGUGUUGGAUGAUAUGUGGAAUGAGAAUCAAUUUAUCUGGGAGUCCCUAAAAGCCCCAUUUCACAAUGCAGGCAUUGUGAAUAUUUUGUUGACAACACGAAAUGACAAGGUUGCAGAUGUCAUGCGGACUAUGAACUACUUUCGUUUGGGCUUUCUUUGCAAAGAUGAAGGUUGUCGAUUGUUCAAUCAAUAUGCUUUAUGUGGUGAUGAGAACCUGAUGAGGAUUGGCAAAAAAAUUGUAAACAAAUGUGGUGGAUUACCUUUGGCUAUAAAACUACUUGGAAGCCAUCUCCGAUUUGAAAGAGAUGAAGAGGCGUGGAUGAGCAUCUUAGAAAGCGAGCUUUGGGACUUGGAUCCAGGGAAAAAUGAAAUUUUUCCUGCUCUUAAACUGAGUUAUCAAAGACUGCCGAUUCACCUAAAGCCAUGCUUUAGGUACUGUUCCAUAUUUCUUAAAAAAAGGAUUCCUGAUAAAAAUCACCUAGUAUGGUUAUGGAUGGCACAGGGUUAUAUCCAGCAAAAAAGAAGAGGCAAGACUAUGGAGGAGAUUGGCAGAGAGUAUUUUGAUGAACUCUUGGGGAGAUCAUUUUUUCAAGCAAGAAAAUUUGAGGACUCUUUUAACAUGCAUGACUUGAUUUUUGACCUGGCAGUUUUUGUUUCGGGCAAUGAGUUCAUUACAAUGAAAUUGGAGGGUGGCAACCAAAAUAAAUGCAUAUCAAAUAAUGUUCGCCACUUAGCUAUAUAUGAUCAAUCAGCAAAAAUAGAAGUACUAAAAGGCACUUCAGUGUACCCAUUUCUUGGCAGGCAUGUUGCUCUUCGUUCUAUAUUUUGUUAUGAUGAGUCUAUAAUUAAUAAUUUUCAACUUUUAGAUUCAAUGCGCUUGCGAGCAGUGCAUAUCCAAGCUCUUGGCUGGUCAACGAUAUCUAGCUCAAUCGCCUCUUUGAAGCAUUUACGCUAUUUAGGAUGUUCUCAUUUUCGAAAUGAUGCUAUUUCAAGCUUAUUUAAUUCAUUACAUAUCUUUCGGAAUGUGCAAGUGCUAAACUUUCUUGAUUGUUAUCCACCUAUAAUGUUACCAACAAGCAUACAAAAUCUCAUCAAUCUACGACAUCUGAUUCUACCAUAUGGUUCUAUCAUGCCAUGUGGGAUAAGCAAGUUAACAUGUCUUCGGACUUUAAAAUAUGUUGUAGUGAUGGAGUGUGGUGGAUUAGGUGAGAUAGAAGACUUAGACAACCUUACAGGGAGCUUUUGUAUCCAAUUGAUAGCUAAUGCAUAUAAUUUUGAGGAUUUUAAGAAGGCAAAUAUUAAUAGGAAGAAGCACAUUUGGAGACUACGCAUAGAUUGGCAUGAUAUGAUUGAUUAUUUUGAAGGUUCAUUUGAUGUUCACAUAUCUUUUAAAGCAAUGGUUACAAUAGAGAAACAAAGUUUUGAAUUGGAAAAGAUGAAACUUGAUGCAUUGCGGCCCCACAACAACCUCAAAGAAUUAGAGAUAAAUGAUUACCCUGGGAUACGGUUCCCGUUGUGGCUUGGUGAUCCCUCAUACAGUAAGUUACAAGACAUAACCCUUCAAGGAUGUGAUGAAUGGGAUGGAUCAGGUAGUGUGUUGGAUAGAUGUCUCCCAUAUCUUCGAAGUAUUUCCAUCAUUGAUUGUGCUAAGUUAAAAUAUAUAAAAAUAGUACAAUCAUCAUCACUUAAAAGACUACUCGUCAAACAAUGCCCUGAAAUAAGAACAUUGCAUGGGCUAUGCAGUUUGCAUACACUGGAAAAGUUAGAAAUAAUGAAGUGUUAUAACCUUUUGAUCUCUGUGGAGGAGAGACUUCCUUCCAAGUUGCAACUUGUAUGGUUUGAAGAUUGUUGGAAUUUGACAUCAUUAACAGGCAUGCAAAACCUUCAUUCACUUGAGAAAUUGAAGCUACGAAGAUGUUUGAAACUUAGACUCCCUUUAGAUGAACAACUUUCAACCACGCCUAGUGUUUUGGAGAUUGUUGAUUGCCCUGGAUUAGAAGAGUGGUGCCAAAGAUAUGGAUUCAAAAGUACUAUUCAGGAAUUAUCUAAGAUGGAGGAGUUGACCAUACGAGACACCAGCCAUUUAAUAUAUUAUUAUGGCUCAAAGAAUCUCGUCUCCUUAAAAAGUUUGCAUAUACUCGAGUCUGAUGAAACUAAAAUAGGCAAGGGAGGGUUGCGUUAG